UUUCACAAAAUUGAAGGGAAAAAUUAGAAAAGAAAAAUCGAAAAUCUCUCGCCCAAUUCUUUAAUUCGCGGUUCAUCGCUUAAUUUUCUUUUCCCCUUUUUUAUCCAACCAAACACAAGGAAACGCAAAAGCAUAAGGAAAGCAAUCCCCUUCACAGUAUUGUAGAACAAGUUGAAAUUAUCAGGAGAUGGCUGAAGAAAGGAGAGUGCAUCCGGAUUGUAUAAAUGCAUCUAAUCCAUACCAUGAGUGUGUUGAAUAUUGCUUUAGAAAAAUUGCAGAAGCAAAGGCACAAAUGGCUAAAGAUGAAACGGUUGUGCAAGAUAAAGGUGGAAAUACUCAGUCCACUAUACUUGCUUCCAAGCAAGAUGAGCAGCAAGAUGAUGAAAGGGAUUUUGAAGAACAUUCUGAUGAUGAGGACAAUCAUACAGUCCAGGAAAAUAUGGAAGGAGAUGCUAUGCAACUUACUGGGAGACAGAAAAAAUUGUUUGAGCUCAGGCUUAAGAUGAAUGAGGCAAGAAAAGCAAAUCAGACGGCAAUGGUUGCUGAAAAGAAGAAAAUGGAAGCAGCACCGGAAUCAAGGGGUAUUUCUAAACAAAAAUGGAUUGAAGAGAGGAAGAAAAAGAUUGGCAAACUUCUAGAUGCAAAUGGUUUGGAUAUGACAGAAGCAUAUAUGCUGGAUACACAAGAAGCAGCAGAGGCAAAAUAUAAGAAAUGGGAAAAGGAUCCCGCUCCAUUCGGUUGGGAUGUUUUCAAUCAGAAGACCCUGUACAAUGCGUAUAAAAAGCGGACAAAGAACGUUGAUGUUGACCUAGAAGAGUAUAACAAAAUGAAAGAAGCUGAUCCUGAGUUCUACCGCGAAGCCUCAAGUCUCCAAUAUGGGAAGGCACCAAAGAUCUCUGAGGAUAAGAUUGACCGGAUGGUAAAGGAACUAAAGGACAGGGAGGAGAAACGCAGGUCAUUUAGUCGAAGGAGAAGAUUCCAUGAAGAGAAGGAUAUUGACUCGAUCAAUGACCGCAAUGAGCACUUCAACAAGAAGAUUGAACGGGCUUUUGGUAAAUACACGCUGGAGAUUAAGAACAAUCUUGAGAGAGGAACUGCUUUGCCCGACUAAGGUGCACAUUGUUUGUACAACUGACUAUAAAUUCCGGAGGGUAGAGAGGGUAACUAUCCUUUAUCUUGGCUAUCUGCACGUCUCCAAGCAAUAUAUGGUGAAUUUCACUGCAGAUGCAGCUUUGUUCAGUUUGGUUGUCUUAAUGGUCACUAUACAAGUAAAACAUAUUCUCCUUCCAGUUGUAAAUCAUGAGCAUAGAACUCUAGAUGAUUUGAGAUUGGCUUUGUAUGUUUAGAGGGAGAUAUUUUUACCUGUUUCAUUUCUACUUGUUCAGUCAUCACUAGUUUUUCAAUUUAAGCUAUGUCAAAGUUACAGCUUUUGGAUUAAACAGUUUUUUAGUUUGCAGCAGCUAACAA